AUGGAAGCCAAGUCCAACGUCUUUCUUGAUAUUGAAAUCAAUGACAAGCCAGCUGGCAAAAUUGUCAUCGAAUUGUUCUACCAAGACGCGCCUAAGACGACGGAGAACUUCAGAGCCCUCUGCACCGGUGAAAAGGGCUUUGGAUACAAAGGAAGCAUCUUUCACAGAAUCAUCCCUGACUUCAUGAUACAAGGCGGAGACUUCACCAGAUCAGAUGGAACAGGUGGAAAGAGCAUCUACGGUCCCAAAUUCAAAGACGAGGAGUUCAUCCACACCCACGACGAAAAGUACAUGCUCUCAAUGGCAAACUGUGGGCCAAACACGAACGGAUCGCAGUUCUUCAUCACCACAAGCAUCUGCAAUUGGCUGAACAACAAGCACCUUGUUUUUGGAAAGGUGGUUGAUGGCAAAGAUGUCGUGGAUCGCGUUGAGGGCGCUGGCUCCGAUAAUGGCACUCCAAAUGGCAUCGUAAAGAUAGUCAACUGCGGAAUGGUCAAGGAAUAA